AUAGAAGUAAAAGUAAUAGAACGCGAGUGCCCUGAAAUCCAAUCCCAAAUGUCUCAUUUAUUUGCUUUUUAUUUUAUUUUAUAGUGGAUACUGAGAACCUAGCAUUUAUUAAGUGAAGUUCAGCACAAUGUUUUUGUACCAUUAAUUUCAUUAGCAUAUUCCAUGUAGUACUUUCUUCGGUAUGUAAUGAUGUGUAUCAAGACUCUGGUGCUGCCUUUUCUCUUUUUUUGAAACUAUUGUUGCUGUUCUUCUGAUUGUAAUGUUCUGAGCACAAAAUGAAGAGAAUGCACAGACUGAUCUUUCUCUUUCUUUUAAGUUCCUGCUCAAUCAUUUUAUCAGCGUCUGAAGAUAGCAGUAAUAUUGGAAACAGCAAUGAUAAUAGCAAAAGCAAGAGACAAGAGUCCCUGGACUUCAUUGAAGCACAGGCAGCUGAAGCUAACAGAAAUGAAGACCAAAAUUCACUUAGAACAGAACCAAGAGUCGAAGUUUUCUCCGAGGUGUCGGAUGAAAAUGAGGAAGAAAAGGUUUCUGAAGAUGUGAGCUCUCAGUCAGUAAAGGAUCUUUACGAAGAAGUUAAAAGGAAACACAAAGAAGCUCAUGAUAUUGGCAGCCAAGUCGAGAUUUUGAAAAAGAAACUUGAUCUGCUCAAAAAUUUUGAUAAUGCUCCUAGAGAAGAGGGCCCCAGCACAAGCAAUGUUAUCAACCAGCUGAAAGAAAUCAUCCUAGCUGCCAAAAAAUUAAAAGAAAGGAAUGAUAAAAUCCUAGAGAGCUCAUUUCAGAAAUUUGCCGAUGUCAGUAAUAAAAAUGAAAUGGAAGAUGCCGACAAGUUUGGUGAGAAGUCCUGGGUGGUCGCUGCUCGGGCUCUGUAUGACCGAAUUUUAAAGGAAUUGCCUGCAGAAGAGAGGGAAUUUUUCGAAAAGGAAGAGAAGGAGAAAUUAUCUUCCAUUCAAAAUCAGCCAAUAAGUGUAAACGAAUGGCUCCGAGAUGUUUCAAAUAAACAGGAGGACUUUUAUGGGAAGCUUGGUGAACAGAAACAGUCAGAGAAAGAGGAUACGUUUCAGCAAAUUGAACUUAUUCAAAAAAAGCUUAACCUCCUGGAGGAACUUGAAAAAGGACCACUCGGCUCAGGCAGUAACAAUCAUGUUCGUCCUGUCAUCGAGCAGUUGAAGAAAAUGAUCCUAACGAUGAAAGAAUUGAAAGAGAUAGAGGGGAGAAUUCUCAAGAAAGAAAGCAUGGCCGAGACUCUUUCUAGUGGAUUUUCCAAUCCGGAUGUUUAUGGCAAUAUGCUUCAAAAAGACGAAGAGCCAAGGAAGAAAUUGUUGGAGCGACUGGAUCGAAAGUACUGGAAUGAGCAUGUUGCGUCUCGAGAAGACAGGAUUCCGAAACCAGACGAGGAGGUCAAUGAAGCCCUCGAAGCCCUUGGAAUUGAUACAAAAAUGGAUAAUUUCAAAGCGGUCAAUGAUGAUGCUGCUGAAGAGCCUGUGACUACACAUGUGCUAAGUGAAGAAGAAAAAUUGGGGAAAGAAAACUUUGAGAAAGCAGAAGCUAUUCUAGCUGAGCGAAAACCUGACUACGUCGCAGCGUAUUCUUUAUUGGAAGUCUCGAGUGCUCUGGGAAAUGUGAAUGCUAAGCUACACAUAGCUUGGUCAAAACUCUUUGGCACACUAGAACAAAACAUACCAAAGGCGGUCCAGAUAUUCUCAGAAUUGGCGGCUCAAAAUAAUCCAGAAGCUCAAUUAGCGCUAGGAUUCUUGCAUGCAUCGGGGAUCGGUGUGAAAGCGGAUCAAGCCAAAGCAUUGGUUUACUACACAUUUGCAGCAAUCAGCGGAAGCACUGGAGCCCGGAUGGCCCUUGGUUACCGAUACUUUGCCGGUGCCACUGUCCAAAAUAGCUGUGAGAGAGCCCUUGACUUUUAUCGUCUCGUCGCAAAUGAUGUCGCCAAGGAUGUUUCUCUGUCUGGCGGUCCCAUGGUACAAAGAAUACGACUCCUGGAAGAAGCUGAAAAUAGUGGAUACAACACGGGAAUUCUAGAAAAUGACCUGGUGGAGUACUACCAGCUGCUAGCCGAAAAAGGGGAUGUCAAGGCUCAAGUUGGAUUGGGUCAGUUACACUAUCAAGGUGGACGAGGGGUUCCAUUAGAUGUUCAAAAAGCAUUACAGUAUUUCAUUCCAGCAGCAGAAGCAGGAAAUCCAAUUGCCAUGGCUUUUCUAGGCAAAAUCUAUUUAGAAGGCCAUGGGAAUGCAAUCAAGCAGGAUAAUCAAACUGCCUUUAAAUAUUUUAAAAAGGCAGCAGAUUUGAACAAUCCAGUUGGACAAGCGGGGCUAGGACUGAUGUAUCUGGAGGGUCGCGGAGUUGAGAAAGACUACAAAAUAGCUCAUCGUUAUUUUUCUCAAGCUGCUGAUCAAGGCUGGGUUGAUGGGCAACUUCAGUUGGGUGUUAUGUACUUUAAUGGUCUAGGAACACGGCGAGAUUACAAAUUAGCAAAUAAAUAUUUUAGUCACGCAUCUCAGUCAGGCCAUGUUCUGGCGUUCUACAACUUGGCUCAAAUGCACGCAACUGGGACUGGUGUCAUGCGAUCUUGUUCCACAGCUGUUGAGCUCUACAAGAAUGUUGCAGAAAGAGGAAAGUGGGGUGAGAAACUUAUGAUAGCGCACAAUCUGUAUCGUAAAGGCUACAUUAAUGAAGCAUAUGUAAUGUAUGCUUACAUGGCAGAGUUAGGCUAUGAAGUUGCGCAAAGUAAUGCGGCAUUUUUAUUAGAUAAACAGGAAGUGACCCUGUGGGAAGAUGAAAAGAACAUCUACGUGCGAGCCCUCAUGUAUUGGGGACGAGCUGCUGGUCAAGGUUAUUCUGCAGCCAUUGUCAAAUUAGGUGACUAUCAUUACUACGGUCUCGGCACACCUGUCGACUAUGAAGUAGCAGCAAUGCACUACAGGCUGGCAUCGGAUCAGCAGCACAAUGCGCAAGCUAUGUUCAAUUUAGGGUACAUGCACGAGCAGGGAUUAGGAAUGACAAAGGAUAUCUACUUAGCAAAGCGCUGCUAUGAUAUGGCGGCAGAAACAAGCGCUGAUGCCAAAAUUCCCGUGGCUCUUGCCUUAGCAAAGUUAUCAAUUCUAUUUAGUCUUAAAUAUUUUGAAGAGGUCAAAUGGUUCAAUUGGCUGUUUUUCUUUGACUUACAUCAUAUUCUAGGACCUUAUUGGGAUCUCUACGUUGGCACAUUUUUAAUAGGACUGUUAGGAAUCAUAUUUUAUUACAGGCGUUUUCUACCUCACUGAGUGUUAAAGCGCACUGCUUCUACUAAUUUGUCGAAGAAAAAUGAGUUAUCUUGCAAACAGCUAAAAUAACGUUUUUCAUUUUUGUCUCAGCGAUUUCUCUCUUGUUUUCUGUGAUCACUUUCAUGUUUAUGUUUUUGUAAAUACUAAUGACGUAAAUUUGUUCUCUUUAAUUUUUAAAAUUUUA